ACCCCUCAACUGCAAAUGUAGAAACUACAACAGUCAUCAGCCUUACAGAAGGCACCACAGUAGAUGAAAGAACAAGUGCAAGUGAGACAACAACAGCUGCAGAUAGCACAACAAUAACACAGGAAAUCACUACGACAAAGGAUAUUACAACCGAACCUCAAGAAACCCUUUCAGAAGUAUCUACAAAUGUGGACACCACAAUUUCCAUAGGUGUUACUGAGCCACUAUCUACAUCAGAUGAAACAACAAAUGUGGCUAAGACUACAACAUAUGGAAAAACAACAUUUUUAACUCAUGAAAUCAGUACAUCUGAAAAAAGCACAUUGUCUAUUACUACUUCACCUCUUAACUCAUCCAGUACUACUCCUAUGAGCAGUCAAGUAACUACUACACCACAGACUAUCACGGUGUCUACAUUAAAGACCACUGAAUCAAGUCAUGUGUCAUCCACAAUUAUUUCUACAGCCAGAACCUCUCUUCUAACCACAACCACUUCUGUCCUAAGCACUACUCCAAAAACAACCACAUCCACUAUACCAACCACAGCUAUGCAAACCACAACUUCACAAACUACAACCUCAACACCUUCAACUACUAUUUUACCAAGCACAGCCUCAACCAUUCCUACAUCAACAAUGAGUACACAAUCUACAACAGCAAAUGUUUGCAAAAACGGAGGUACCUAUGAUGGAAAUAAAUGUCUUUGCCUUGAUGAAUUUUAUGGGCCAAGCUGUGAAUUCAUCCUAGACAGAGUUGAAAUCGGAAAGACUGUUGACACCACAGUGCAAGUUGAACUCAAAAUCACUAAUAAAGAAUUUAUUGACGAAUACAAGGAUCCCGCAUCUAAAGAAUACCAGAUAUUUGAGAUCGAUUUCAAGAAGGAGAUGGAGUCAGUUUAUGGAAAUAUCCCCGGAUACAAAGAUGUUACGAUCAAAUCUGUGAGACCGGGAAGUAUCAUAGUGGACCAUGAUGUGAUUGUAGAGGCUGAAUUUAAGGAAAACGUGUCUCUGACUGUACAGUAUGAUGAGAUACUCAACAAUGUUGAGUUACAGCUGGAACAACUCGCUCAAGUGGAUAACUGCACAACCGGGGGCAAUUCUAGUUUGUGUAUCAGUAACCCAUCUGUAGAGCCAAAGCCUCCAAAGUCUGAAGCGGAACAAUGCCGUGAAAGAUUUGAGCUUGGCUUCAAAGAAUUUUACACCCCUGUGAUCACGGCAGAUGGUCUAAUAUGCGUGUCUGACUGCGAUCCAAGCUCCAGAAAUUAUGUAAACUGUAGUACUGGUACCUGUCAAAUUCUGAAAGAUGAAGGCGCGCAGUGCUAUUGCCCGGACACGGACAUCUAUAUGUAUAUGAAGCCGCAGUGCAGAGGACGAGUGUUAAAGGCCGGAUUAUUGGGGGGCAUUGGAGCUGCCACCGCCGUCUUCUUCAUUGUCAUCAUCAUUGUGGCCGUGUUCUUAUACAGAGCAAAGCAACACGAGAAAUCGGAUGAUUUUUUCAGUAAUCAGGGAGAUGUCUGGUACGAAGAUAAUGAAGAGUGGAAUUCAUCUGAGGGAUUUACCUUCCAGAAUGAAGGAGCUGGAGAAGACGGCUCGAGCAGAAUAAAUAGUUACUCAUCAAGUAAGGAAGCUUUCCAACCCAGACUAGAAAAAGUAGACACAACUACCAAGAUGACGAUACAGCGUCCUGAAGUUUCCCAAAUAUAAUCCUUCUUGACACCCUCCAUGUUUCUUGACACUUUCCGGCAGAAAACAGAAGAGACCUACAGAAAAAUCAGAAGCAUUGGGCCCCAAAAGGCAUACUUAAUUGGGAACAGGGGUGCUCUCAUAGGUUUCGGCCAAUGGGAUACCGGCAAAAGAUACUCAUCUACCCCUUUGAAACCCCAGUGUCAUGAUCAGGACAAUUCUGUAGAGGAUUUCAGGCAGGGUCCAGUUAGCUUGUGGGUUAUUGUAGCCCCCUAGUGGCCAAAAUGUGAAAUUGCACGCAAGCAAAUGGUCCUUAAAUUUACAUUUUCAUUCCCAGUGACAAUUAUAUGAUUGAGGAGGUAUUAAAAAUGGAAAGGUGAUUAUAAGCACUUUAUUAAUAGAGUACAAUGUAUUUUCACAAAUCCUGUAACUAUGACAUUUAUUUUGUACAUUUUACCAGCUUUACUUAUGUCAACCAUGAUUUAAAUUUAUCAGGAUUGAUUUUAAAUAUAAAUAUAUAUUUUGUUUGUUUGUUUUGUUUUUCUAUAGCUGCGACGGGUGAAUGGGCGAUUCCAACGCAGUGUAUACUGUAUUUUAUUGUGCAUUUUCUUUUAAAGUGAUUUCUACAGAAGAUAUUUUAUAUUUUAUCGCAUGCAAAAAACUUUAAUUAAUUACAUGAAUGUCUUUAUUUAUUACAGUUUCUAAUUAUUCAAUGUUAUGACACCAAAAUACAAGGAAUAUGUUUAAAUAAUAAAGCAAAAAAGGUGCAAUAAAUUUCCAAUAAAUUCCAACCUGUGCCCAACAGGUUAAAUUACAGGUUCUGCAUUUUUUGGACUGCAACUCCCUUUCAUUAGAUUUAAUUUUUAAAAUAUAUGAAUGUAUUUGCACUAAAAUAACAUGAUGAAAAACUAAUUUUGAAACUUUGGAAAACUAUAAUAAAUGUUUAUAUUACGCAGAA